CGUUGAAGAAAAGUUGUAAAUGCUCCACCCAAUCAUAUUCCAGAGUUGGUAGUCCUCCUCCCCCGACCAAAGGCCAAAGGGUGUUGAGUUAUUCUGCCACUAGUCGACGGCGACGAUAUUUUUUUUAACCAACAAGAUACCAUAUGGCUGCAUUUCGAGCAUUCUUAAACAGUCCUGUUGGGCCCAAAACUACUCAUUUCUGGGGUCCUGUAGCCAACUGGGGUUUUGUUGCUGCGGGGUUGGUGGACAUGCAGAAACCUCCAGAGAUGAUAUCUGGCAACAUGACUGCAGCGAUGUGUGUGUACUCUGCAUUAUUUAUGAGGUUUGCAUGGAUGGUGCAGCCUCGUAACUAUCUGCUUCUAGCAUGUCAUGCCUCAAAUGAAUCGGUUCAAUUGUAUCAAUUUUCACGUUGGGCAAAGAGUCAAGGGUAUUUGCAAAAGAAGGAAGACGACGCUUCAUCAACUUGAGACUCAGCUCUUAUCUUCAUCCUUGGGACUUUAUCUUUGUGUGAUAAUUUUGGAUUUAAUACACAUAGCUUGUUUCUUUGAAGCUUUCAUGUAAUUGUUUAAAUCAAAACUAAGCUUUCUUCACAUCUGAAUCCUUGUUCUUGUUCUUGAUCCCCAUCAAUGGUGAUAUUGAUGAAGAUUUGAUCAUUGUUGUUACUGCUUUUUGUUUUAGACCUUUAUUUUGUUCUUGGGUGU